AUGGCCGCAGGCGUCCGGGCGUCCGAGCCCCGGGUCCUCGUCUGCCUCGGGGCGCUACUGGCCCGCUGGGUCGCCGCAGGACUGGAGGCUGUCAUCAUUGGAGAAGUUCACGAGAAUAUCACGCUGCACUGUGGCAACGUCUUGGGACCGAGGGGCCUUGUGACCUGGUACCGCAAUGACUCGGAGCCUGUCUUCCUCCUGUCCUCCAAUUCCAGCCUCCCGCCAGCCCAGCCACGCUUCUCUCUGGUGAAUGCCAGCUCCCUGCACAUCGAGGCACUGAGCCUGCAGGAUGAAGGGAACUACACCUGCUGGGAGGUCCUGAACGAGACUCGGUGGUUCCAGGUGUGGCUGCAGGUGGCCAGAGGCCCCUAUCAGGUUGAGGUCAACAUCUCCAGCACCGGCAGGCUCCCCAACAGCACGCUGUAUGCGGCCAAGGGCUCCCGGGUGGAUUUCUGCUGCAGCAGCAGCUCCUGGCCUCCGCCCAUGGUUGAAUGGUGGUUCCGGGCCCCAGAUUCUAGCACCGAGCCCUUCGGAAACAACCUGACGGCCAGCUGCUUCACGCUGUUACUGAUGUCGCAGAACCUCCAAGGGAACUACACCUGUUUGGCCACAAACAUGCUCAGUGGGAGACAUCGAAAGGUGACCACCGAGCUCCUGGUCUACUCGCCCCCUCCAUCAGCCCCUCAGUGCUGGGCAGAGCUGUCGCCAGGAUUGUUCACGCUGCAGCUCAGCUGUCGCUGGGCCGGAGGAUACCCAGACCCAGACCUCCUGUGGACAGAAGAGCCAGGAGGUGUGGUUGUGGGGACGUCAAAGCUGGGGGUUGAGAUGCUGAACCAGCCCCAGCUGUCGGACGGCAAGAAGUUCAAGUGUGUCGGGAGCCACAUAGUGGGGCCGGAGUUGGGAGCCAGCUGCGUGGUACAGAUCAGGAGCCCCUCCCUUCUCUCUGAGCCCAUGAAGACUUGUUUCGUGGGAGGCAAUGUGACGCUCACCUGCGAAGUGUCUGGAGCCUACCCCCCCGCCAAGAUCCUGUGGCUGAGCAACCUCACCCAGCCGGAGGUCGUCAUCCAGCCCAGCGGCCACCACCUCAUCACCCAGAGUGGCCAGAGCUCCACCCUCACCAUCCGCAACUGCUCCCAGGACCUGGACGAGGGCUACUAUGUCUGCCGGGCUGAGAACCCCGUGGGGGUGAGGGAGGUGGACAUCUGGUUGAGCGUGAAAGAACCUGUAAACAUCGGGGGAAUUGUGGGCACCAUCGUGAGCCUCCUUCUGCUGGGACUGGCCAUUAUCUCUGGGCUUCUGUUGUACUACAGCCCUGUGUUCUGCUGGAAAGUAGGAAGCACUUUCAGGAGGCAAGACAUGGGUGAUGUCAUGGUUUUGGUGGAUUCAGAAGAGGAAGAGGUGGAGGAGGAGGAAGAUGCUGCAGAAGAGGAAGAGGAGGAAGCAAGUGAGAGGGAGGAGUCUCCAAAAGAAGUAACCAAGUACGGCCACAUCCACAGAGUGACCGCACUGGUGAAUGGGAAUGUGGACCGGAUGGCCAAUGGACUCCAGGCUCUGCAGGAUGACAGCAGUGAGCAGCAGAGUGAUGUCAUUCAAGAAGAAGACAGGCCAGUUUGAGGAAGACAACUGUCCUUUGUUAUCCUGUCUCAAAAGCUUGGAAAGCUACGUCGAAGAUGAGUUUUAUAUUCUGCUUCACUUGACUUGCAUCCCUGCCUGAGGGCUGAAAACGGUUUGUGGCUCUCAGCAAAAAAAGGAAAACACACACACAUCUUUC